CACCGACGACACGCCAGUUUCUAUCAUCGUCUCUUCUUCACUGAGAAAAAAGGAUCUCCAGAGGUCCCCGCGACUGGUGAACCUAAAAACUCAAUUCCCUCCACCUUCCUUCGCGCUUUCCUUCUCUCUCUUUUGGUUUUGACGAGAGAGAUCCAGAAGAAGAAGAAGAAGAAGACAAUACGACGCAUAGAGGAAUUGAGACAGAUAUACAGAGAAAGGGGAUGCGAUUCGCCUGGCUGUGGCGGCGCUUCUCAUCUUCCAAUGCGGCGGAGUCACGGUUGUCGUUGGCCGCAGAAGAAGGUCGUUGAUGGCCUUGCAAAUGGCUUGGCAACCGAACCUCUUACAUCAGAAACGCAAGACUGGACCUCCUUUAGGGUUAAAGAACCUCGGCAACUCUUGUUAUCUCAAUAGCGUUCUCCAGUGUCUCACCUACACUCCUCCACUUGCCAAUUUCUGUCUCAAGAACCAGCAUUCCUCCUCCUGUGAUUCGGCGUCAGGGUCAGAAAAGAAGCGGGAUUGUCCAUUUUGUAUACUAGAGCGAAGAAUUGCCCGUUCGUUAAGUGUGGAUCUAACCCUAGACGCGCCUUCUAAGUUAAAUAGCUGUCUUCGAAGUUUUGCUGAGCAUUUCCGUCUUGGUCGGCAAGAGGAUGCUCACGAGUUUCUACGGUAUGUGAUUGAUGCUUGCCAUAAUUCCUGCCUACGCAUCAAGAAGUUGCAGCAGCAACGUCGCAAGAUUGUUUCGGAUGAGGAGAUUGGUGCUGCUAGUACAGUGUUUAAGGAAAUUUUUGGGGGUGCUCUGCAGAGUCAGGUGAAGUGUUUAUCUUGUGGUUCGGAAUCCAAUAAGGUCGAUGAGAUCAUGGACAUAAGUCUUGAUGUUCUUCACAGUAGUUCUGUGAAAGAAUCUUUGCAGAAGUUUUUCCAAGCUGAGGUUUUGGAUGGGAACAAUAAAUACAACUGUGAGAAUUGCAAGAAACUGGUAGCGGCAAGGAAGCAAAUGAAGCUACUUCAGGCACCCAAUGUCCUCGUAAUCCAACUCAAGCGUUUUGAGGGCAUAUUCGGGGGAAAGAUUGACAAGGCCAUUGAUUUUGAGGAGAUUCUACUACUUUCAAGCUAUAUGUGCAAUGGAAGCCAGGAUCCUUAUCCAGAGUAUAGACUUUUUGCUACAGUUGUACAUUCAGGUUUCUCCCCUGAUUCUGGACAUUAUUAUGCAUAUGUCAAGGAUCCAAUGGGCCGUUGGUAUUGCUGCAAUGAUUCUUAUGUUACAGUAUCAACCUUGCCUGAGGUUUUGUCAGAGAAGGUUUAUAUGCUUUUCUUUACUCGGACUAAACAGAGGCCAGCAGCUACUAAUGGUGACGCACAUUGUUCAAAUGGAAUUAAACAUCAAGUGUGCAGUGGAAGUGAAACAUCGAAAGGCCACAAUGUGGCUUCUAACAAAACAGUUCCCAAGAAACAAUCUGUUGUUAGUCAUUCUUCUGAGAAUGAAAGCCCUAACAUAUCUAUGGCUAAUAGGGCUACCGAUAAGCUGGAAAACGGCAACUCCAGAGACAAUUUUGGCAAAACCAUGUCCAAUGGAAAGGUUACCUUCCAAAUUAAUAAAGUUCAUUCUAACGGAAAUAACGGGACUGCAAAAGCUUCGAUUUCUCAAGAGAAAGCUGUUAAGAUUGCACCAUUGCAAAAUGGGAAUGGAGUUAAAAAAAUUAAAGUAGUUGAGGAAAAUGGUGGAUCACUUCCAUUACCAAAUGGCAAUAGUAGUACCAAAGAACCCCCAAAACAGGCAGAAGCAACUGUUCAUGUUGGGAAUGGUUUUCAGAAUGGUGUUAGAAGUCCCUCACCUAUGUCUGGCUCUAAGAGAAAAACACAAGAUUCAGAUUCACAUGUUUUGUUAGCCAAAGAUGAUCAACCUCAGACGGAACUUGAAGCAUUGAAAGAGGGCCUGGUGAAACAUGCUUCGGGGGCUCUGCAAUUUUGUGGUUGGACAAAUGAAGUCUACAAUUUCAUGCGGUCCAGAAAGAAGCUAUGUUUAGAAGAAUGUGGGGGAGUGGCACCAAAGCAAAAUGAGUUGAAAACGAUUCUGAUUCAAGAAGGGAAAAGGAAAUUUAUCUCACAGAUUCCGGAAUCAUUGAAAGAGAAUCUUAUUCAGCGUCUGAUAAAAUCAUUUGACCAUAGGGAUGGACGAACAAACUGAACGACGAUUACCUUAAUAAACACUGUAUGUAUCAUGGUGAUGCAGUUGGUGAAAUUGUUAAAUCAUGAUGAUGAUUCAUCAUCAUCAUCAGUUCAUGACUUCCUCCUUGUAAAUGAUUCAUCAAAUUUUUAUGUGCCUUUUCGCAACUCCAACAAUGAAGAGCUGAGUUCUAGUUGAGUUUUUUCUUAUUUUAAUUUUACAACAAUGUGGUCGGUUUUGUCGAGAGAGAAAGAAACGGGAUAUCUUCUUUUUAUUAUGAGAUAAUCUUCUUUUUAAUUUUUAGUGGAUCGGAUUAAAUAUUUUCUAUAACAUGUGGUCAGAUGAUUAUAGCAAAAGGUAAACUCUAUAAAUAUUGCUUUGAGUAGUAGAUAAGAGGAUGUAUACCAUCUUGAAUCAACAUUAUUUGUUAAUCUUUGUUUCAAUUAGAUAAAUGAUCUUCUUUUCU